AUGAAUCAAACAGGAAGAACCGUUGGCGGUUCUCAAAAUGGCGUGAAUGCAGUGGUUAACCCCUUCAGAGUUUCGUCUUCGAACGAUAGGGUACCAAGCAGAGAUGAAACUCCCAGAAAUUUUAGCCUUUUUUCUCUUUCCAAUAUUGAUUGGGAUAAUCCACGAUUAUUGUAG